AUGAUCACUGUGUUUUCUUCCUAUUUACAUCAACUUAUUUCUCGUCUUUCUUCACUGAGUUUCACAUCUUUCUUUAACUGCAUUUUGAAUUUAUUUCUCUUCUAUCUUCUUUUCGUUUCAACAUUUGUUUUUCUUCUUUCAAUUUAUUUCUUGAUCCUUGCUUUUUUUAUCUUUUCUUUUUACAUCUUUUUUAUUUACUUCUCUUCUUACUUAUUCUUUCUUCCAAUUCUUUAUUUUCAUUCACCUUCACUUUCUUUUUUAAUAAAUUCUUUAUAUUUUCUGUCUUCUUUCUUCGCUCCCUUUCAUUUCUAUAUUUUCUACAUUUUUGUUUUUUUGCCUUUACUUUCGGCUUCUUUCUUUUUUUUUUCCUGUAAUUGUUCUUCUUCAUCUCCUUUCUUUUCCUUUCACUUGAUAUUUUUCUUCUUUUUCUUUGACUUAUUAAGUUCUCUACCUCAUUUCUUUUUCUUUUCUUCUCUUUCUUUGACUUAUUACUUCUCUACCUCAUUUCUUUUUCUUUUCUUCUCUUUCUUUGACUUAUUAAGUUCUCUACCUCAUUUCUUUUUCUUUUCUUCUCUUUCUUUGACUUAUAAGUUCUCUACCUCAUUUCUUUUCUUUUUCUUCUCUUUCUUUGACUUAUUAAGUUCUCUACCUCAUUUCUUUUUUCUUUUCUUCUCUUUCUUUGACUUAUUAAGUUCUCUACCUCAUUUCUUUUUCUUUUCUUCUCUUUUCUUUGACUUAUUAAGUUCUCUACCUCAUUUCUUUUCUUUUCUUCUCUUUUUUUUUCUUCUUUCUUUCUUUGACUUAUUAAUUCUCUACCUCAUUUCUUUUCUUUUCUUCUCUUUCUUUGACUUAUUAAUUCUCUACCUCAUUUCUUUUCUUUUCUUCUCUUUCUUUGACUUAUUAAGUUCUCUACCUCAUUUCUUUUUCUUUUCUUCUCUUUCUUUGACUUAUUAA